ACCACGACUGUGACUGGCUUUAUAUAUAAAUAUGUUGAUUCGUUGAUUGGGUGAAUAUAACCUCAAAUUGUGUUUGUCAAAAAAAAGUAAAUAGUGUUCCAAAAAGUCUAGAAAAACGAUGUAAUUUUUUAUAAUUUGUGUAAACUGUGAGAAAACUUCACUUCUCAUCGCUAUUUCAGUCUUGUUUUAAUAUGUCAGUGUGUUGUUGUGGUGACAUCUGAUCGUACCCGGACAACCUGUUGACCCACCCAUAGAUAAUUUUGAAUUUGAAGAGAAAGAAAGACUCCCGUACAACAAAAGCGAAAAGGUCUAUCCUAUAAUCUCAUAACAUUCCGUCGCUCAGUAUUUACUUUAAUUUUGAAGCAUGUCUGAUAAAACAAAAAAGGUCUGGGAGAAACCUUGGACCACAGAAGAAAUAAUCAGUAAAUCUGAUAAUUGGUCACUUGCUGGAGAUGUAGCUUUAUUACACAGCUUUAAAAAGUUUGCUCAAAAUAUGUUCAUGAAGACAAAUGAAAUUAGCAAAAAUGUAGACCACUUAUUGAACAGUGCUGAUGAAGUCCAACUAAAAUUGAAUAUUUGUCAAAAUGAAUUUCAUAGUUUAAAAAACACUCAGUUUAUUGAAAGUAGGGUUUAUGAAGAUGAUGAAACCCUGGAUAGCACUGAAAAACUAAAUGUUGAAGAAAGAUUUCCAUCAGAGGAAGAAAAAGAAAAAAUGAUGUUAGAUUCAAUUGCAGAGGGUCUGAAAGUGAUGGAAGAGUAUUAUGAGGCAGUAGAAGUUGAUGUUAGUGAUAGUGAAGAAGAAACAGAAAAAAGCUUUAUUUUGAAACCAAAAGAUUUAUAUGUCCAUCGGAAACUUCCACCUGUCAUUGGAACAGAUGAGUGGUUUAAAAAAUGGCAUAUUGAUGAAGAAUCCAGUGACAGUGAAUCUGAUAAGGUUUCAGAAGUAUACAGUGAAUCAGACUCAGAAGAAUGCUUGCCUAAACAUCUGCUAAAAGGAUCUGAAACUAGCUCUGAACUAGACACUUCCAGUCAUAAAAGUGGCAGUUUCCCAACAGCAAAUUCUGGGUUCAGUACUAAUAUGAAACCAGCAGAAAAUGCAUCCAGUGAUGAAAAUAGCGAGGGAAGGGGAUCACUGGCAGUUAAGGCUCCGAUUUCAAACCAAUCAUUUGCUGAACAAUUAUCAGCAAAAUUAGGUAAUGUUAUCAGUCAGAAGGAACACAUAGGAGAUAUAGUGGGAGAUAUCAAUAAAAGACCAAUUCAGACAGCUACAAACACAAAUUAUAUUGGUGGUCUAUAUCCCGAUGAACCACCUCCACUUGACUAUACAGAGGACCAGAGAAGUAGCAAAGAACAGCCAAGUCUAUUUGAUGAGAAUGAUGAUGAUGAUCUGUUCUGGGGCCAACGACCAAAACAGACGUCUAACCAGAAAAGGGUCUUUGUUGAUAACGAUCAACCUAAUAGAAUUGAUAGGAGUUCUGAAAAUGCAGCAAGAACGUCACAGAUCGCCAGAGGACUGUUCGACAGUGAUAGCAGCACUGACGAAAGUGAUCUUUUUGCCGGAAGUGCUAAGGCUUUGAGCAAACCGCCAUUUUUGCAGACCCACAAGACUUCUGCACCUUUGUUUGAUGACUUGCCUCCAGAUUUGGAAGAUAAAGAAAAGGAGCCUGAAGCUGUUGUAGAUAAUAAAAAACCGGUGGGCGGCGUGUCGAUAUUUGGAAAUACAAAUAUUUUCGCAAACCAAAGUAUCUCAGACGUACUCGAAACUAAGCGCUCGCAACGAAUGAAAGGCAAUGAAUCCAACGAAGAACCAAAUAAAAAUAAAAUAGAAACUGAAUCAAGGUCAAAACAGCUAUUAAACCACAAAAAGCAGUCCAAAACGCCUAGCCUUUUUGAUGAUGACGAUGAUGAAGUAGACUUUACCGCUCCCAAGAAAACAGUUGGUCUAUUUGAAUCUGGUACUGAAAAAACUGGUGUAACGUCCAAAAAAUUAGAUUUUUUCGACGAAUCGGUUGAUGAAAACUCUUCUGGUGUAGCUUCAAGGAAAGUUAGCCUAUUUGAUGAUUCAGUGUCAGACGAAGAUACAAAUGCAGUUAAAAAACCUACUGUAAACAGCGAAGGAAUUACACAGAAGAAGACAAGCUUCUUUGAAGAACAAGAACCAGUAAAGCCUAAAGGCAGCCUACCUGCUGAUUCCUCGCCAGAAAAAGAGGACGCCAGCAAAAAAUUAACUGCAAAAACAUCGAAGAAGAUAAGCCUGUUCGAUGACGACGAUGAUUUCUUCAAAGAUGAUAUCUUUUCCAAUUUAGGUAUACAGAAAGGUUCAAAAAAAGGCUUGUUUGAUGAUUUGGGUGACACUGAUAGUGACUUGUUCAGUUUGAGUAAAAAUAUGGAUAAGAAAACCGAUUCAAAAUCGAAAAAGACAUCGUUGUUUAGCGAUAACGAAGACGAAGAAGAUAUUUUUGAAAGUAAAACUAUUAAGCCUGACCUGGUGAAAGAAUCGAAAAAGAUAUCAAGCUUGUUUAGUGACACUGAAGAAGAGGCGCAGUCAGAUGGAGUCAAGAGCGAACCACCUCCUAGUAAAGUUGAGGAGGAAAGAGCUGAAAAGAAACAGGUUGUGGAAAGUUUGUCUGAGAGAAAAGUGAUUGGUGCAGAAGUUUGCGAUGACGAGUCCAAAAACAAGAAAAAUGAGAAGAAAAGUGGUGGUGAUGAUGUGAGGAUACCUAAAAAAGACGAAAGUGAAAUUCCACAAAUAGACGAAACGUUAUCUCAUACACAGAGCAACGAUCAGAUACUCUCAGAAACCAAACCAACUGAAAUAAAAGAUGGUUCACUAUUCGAAACCCAAUCAUCUAAUGCAAUUCUCUCGAGUACAAAAGAAGAGCCGAAAGAACAAAAACCUGUCAUCAGUUUGUUCAGUUCUGCUCCACCUUCUGAUGAUGAAGAUGAUUGGGACACAAAGUCGGACAAUGUCUCAGAUAAUGAUGAUUAUAGACCGUACAGUAUUGAUGAUAAUGGCAGCAGGUCGAGUUUGUUUGACAACGAGCCACCAUCGCUGAAUCCGAAUGAAUCAAGUGGCAUUGUCAGGGAUCAAAAUGUCACAAGAGUGGAUUCAGAUGAUUCGUCUUUUUACCCGCAUGCCAGCUCGUCAAAGCGAUUUUCUUCUGAUAUUUUUGCGGAGCAGCAAUCUCAAGACAAGCUGUUUGUCACCGGAAGUACCACCGAGUCUAGCGUAUUCCCUUCAAGCGCAGAGUCAAGCUCAAUUACUGAAUUAACAAAUAAAAUCAUAAGUGAUAUAAUGGGUGAUACUAGCUUUCUUAUAACUGAUAACACUCUGGAGUCUACAUCUACUACGCAUGGCCUAACUGAGGAGACUUCAACAGCGACUGAUGUUGAAAAAUCUGAUGACAGUAUGUGCUGAAUUACUGACAAAUAGUCUUUCAAUUUUGGGUGGACUUUGAGUUGGUUUAGUUUUUAAGACAUUGUUUCAUGCAUGAUUGCACUACGUUUCCGAAAGCACUAUAGUGCAAAACUUUGAUCCUCAUCUUAACCUUUCCCAAAGAUUGGAAGUGUUUACGGAAUGUAAAUAUUUUUGAAAUUCUUGUAUGCUAUUUUACGUCAUGCUCUAAUAACUGUAUUAAUCGAAUCUGUGUAUCAUUUGUUGUCUACAGUAUAGCCAGCAUUGAUGUUUUGGAAACGUUAUCUAUCCUAAUUCAUUUACGCCUGAACCUCUGAUCUCAGCUUAUGAAAAACAGUAUAAUAAGUUAGCUUUGAUAUCUGUAAUUCUAUACUAGUUCCACCUGCAAUUGAAGGAUAUUGUGAUGGCACUCUGUGUGAGGAUUUCGAUGUUGUUAUUUUACAGGUAUUAAAUCUAGAACCACAAAAAUUGAAGGAACUGUUGAACAGGAAAAACGCUCGAGUACGAGUAUGAAGAGUGAAAAAGGUGAUGGUGAUGCAAAGAAAGAAGAUUCUUCGGGAUCACCUGCUAAAAGAGGGCUUCAUUAAAAAAGAUACGAGGUGUUGUCAAAAUCGUCAACUGAAAUGAACUAAAAUUGGUAUGUGGAUUUACCCAAGAAUUGUCCACAUUCAAAAUACAGGGGAUUAGUGGCAUUAUUUUUACAAAUAAAAAUGGUUCGCCUUUAAAAUUAAAACCCAACCUGAACAUAAACGUGAAUGCUCUACUACCAGGCAGUACACCUCCAAAGCUCAAAACUCCUCGUGUAGGUGAGAGUGGUGACAAAGACAAAGUAGAUAGUUUGUCAGAGAGAAAACCUGUCAAAAUAGUUGAUAGUCAAACAGAAAAUAAGCGCAAGGAUCCAAUUAGUUGUUCUAUACCACCUCCACUCCCUAUUUCGGUAGAAGAACAUGUCGAGAAACCAAUUAGUUUUGAUGAUAGCUUGGAUAGAGUUAAAGUACUGCAUAGUGUUACAAAGGAUCGCGCAAGGAUUCCUGUUAGACGAAAGCCUUCGACAAGACAAGCACGACAAGAAGCAGCUCGGAAAUCCGCAAUUUUCUUAGAAGAUGCCGACUUAGAUGAAAAGUCUACACAGAAAGAUGCAUCACCAUUAAAAACGGAUGUUUACAAAGGAAAGUCCGAAGUUAAGAAAGACAGUAAAGAAAAUACAUCAUUAUUUGAUGAUGAAGUUAAAGCUAAAACAGAAUCUAAGAAAACGGCAUCUACAAGCUUAUUUGAUGACAGUGAUGAAAAUGAUAUUUUUAGAGACUCGAUUCAAAAUACAGAUUCUAUACCCAAAGAUUCCAUUAAGUCGCCUUCUAAGUCUAAAUCUGAAGAUGAUGUCAUAUCAUCGACUGAUGAUAAGGUGGAUUCUACUAUUGAUGAAAAAAUAGAUGUAUCUAGUCAGUCAGCAGAGAAAACUCCAGUAAAGUCUUCCAAACCAGAAAAAACAGACAAAUCUCCUUUUGACGAAUCUACUGAAUCGGAAGAUGACUUUUUCAAGCGUACUGUAAAAAAACCAACGAAAACCAAGAGUUCCUUAUUUGAUUCUGGUGAUGAAUCAGAUAACGACCUGUUUGGGUCUAAAAGCAGUAAAGAUGAAACGAAAACUGAAAUCAAGAAAGUUGCCAAGAAAAAAUCCUUAUUUGAUGAUAGUGAAAGUGACGAUGAUUUGUUUUCGAGCGCGAAAAGUAAAGAUGCCCCUAGUGGCACAGGUACAAAAUCUUCAAAAAGAGCAACGAAGAAAAGAUCAAGUUUAAAGAAGUUAGAUAAAGAUGAGGCUAGUGAGGAUCCUCUUUCAAAUAUAUGAGAUUAAGAAUAAAGAUAAAUACUCUAUAGUCUAUAAUGUUACAUUUUUAAGAAUUAUAAAUAGUUUAUAUUAUUGAAAUAAGUCAUUCAUUUUAACUAUCUGGUGACUUAGAAUACUUGCAUGAAACUGAUUUAGUACUACAAGCACAGGAGGCCCGAACCAGAUUUUGAAGGCUAUGGCAGAAGAGGAAAAAUCAUGUCAAGCAAAGAGUGAGUGAUGACUAAACAGAUGGCUAUGCAAAAACAAUCAUCAGCCAUGUGAAAAUUAUUACUAUUUUCAGAACGGUGUGGAUAAAAGUAAAAUUCCUUAGAGAAAAAGUACGUUGGAUGAAUUUCCUAUACAUAUUGACAGAUGAUCAUUGGGAUGU